UCCCUAAGUGCAGAACCUCAGUGAACGUCGAGAAGCAAGCCAGGAGUUGAGUACACGGCUCAUUACAUCAACUGUCUCCCCGAAGUUCCUCAGGUCUUCAUCUUCCUUUUUGCCAACCUUCAUGUUUCCAAUCUUUUUCUUGAACAAAAAAAUGAAAGAAUUUGUUCCCUUUUGUCAAAACUAAAUGAUUUAGGUUAUCCAAAAAGCUCCGGUAACUUGACUCAUAAGGGAGCUGGAAACGAGAUAUGCAUCUUUGAAACUGAGAAAUAUUAUUGUCUUAGUUUGUCAAACUCGUUUAUCCUCCUGGUCAGUACUUGGAGAAUACUUCGUAAAUUGCGGCAGGAUGGUGUUCAUAUGACCAAGUGGCAUAUUCUCACUGCUAGCUUAGCCUGAUUUUUCCUCCCGCUUUACAUAUUAUUUUUCCUCCCCCCCCCAUAUCCAGCCCUUCAGUUUUUUCAUCUAAUUACAUGUUGUAGCAUGCGAAGGGGCAGUUUUUACGUCAGGUACAAGAAACUCCUCCGCAACUGUAAUCUGCUUCAGCAAACCAUAUGGCUAAAUAUCUCAAGACCUUGUUGGCUUCAGGAUUCCGGAAAUAUUUCGUAAUUUGUAUAAACAGGGUACGAGAGAAGCAUGCCGCCCUGGCACUAGAAAGCAACGCUUCAACGUCAUCUGAUAUCAGUACAAAGGCCAUGGGAGAAGUCCUGAGGAAAUAUGACAAGGUUCAUGGCUCAAUAAACAACCUGAAAUGCCAAAAUGUGCAGCUUGAGGACCUUAAAAACCCUUGCCUCUGUGAAUUGAUGGCAUGGCACAUAAAUGUGCAGGAAAAAAAGAACAAAACUACUAUUCCUGGACUAUUGGAUGACUGCAAGCUGCAAAUAAGUGAAGGAAGAUUUUCCAUUUCAGCAUCUCUUUCCAAUUCGAGGGUGCUUGAUGUUGAUCUAACUUGUUCUAUCUGUUUGGAAGCAUUAUUUGAUCCAGUUUCUCUCACAUGUAGUCAUAUGUUCUGUUACAUGUGUGCUUGUUCUGCUGGAUCAGUAUCUACCAUUGAUGGAAUAAAGGCUGCAGAUUCAAAAUCAAAAUGCCCAUUGUGCAGAAAAGUAGAAUGGUGUGUUCAGUGGAGCAAUGCGCAUGUCCGAACUAAGCAUUUUACUGAGAAGAAAAUUGCCAGAAUACUGGGACGAACGGCGGCAGAAGGAGCGGAAAGCACGGCUGGAAGAAGCUAAAGAAUACUGGCAGUUACAAUGUCGUGCCUUCGUUGGACUUGACUAAAGUUGGAGACCGAGAAGAAGAUCAAUCUUGGCAGUCCUCUUUCCUCUGUAUUGAGAAGAACCAAGAACUAGAUGUCUUUGCUUUUGUUUUGUUUUUCUUCAAUAUUUCAUAGAAACUGUGCUAUAUUUGUGGAGUUACAAGUGGGCUCAUGCUUCAUAGUUUGAGCAGAAAUCAGAUGGUUAA